AUGGAGAAGGACGAGUCUAUCGCCGUCACCACGGGUGCGAUGGUGGACGAGACUGCGCCUGAUGAGAAGCUCAAGAAGCUGCGUGACCUCAAGGACCACCACCACUGGGAUCCUAACCUGCCAGAGGAUGUUGCCGAGGAACUCGUUGAGGCCUUACAUACAUCCGACAAGCGUACCCAAGAGGUCAUCGCCCAGGAGCUCCUGGAAAAUUCCCCUUACCCCGAGGUUCGCUCCGCCGUGUCCAACAUCGAUGAGGGUGGAUCUGUCAACACUAUUCGCGCCUGGGUGAUUGGUCUUCUAUUUGCGACCAUCGGUUCUUCCCUCAACAUGCUGUUCUCCAUGCGCCAGCCCUACAUCGUCAUCCCCUCAUACAUUGCACAAGUUGUCGCCUACCCAGUGGGAAAGGCAUGGGAAGCAUGGAUGCCCAAUUACACCUUCAACUUCUUUGGCUACAAAGCCGAGCUGAACCCGGGUGUGUUCACAAAGAAAGAACAUACAAUUGCCGUUAUUAUGGCAAACGCCACAUUCGGUGGUGGCGCCGCCUACGCGACGGAUGUCCUCUUGGCUCAACGUGCUUUCUAUGUGCAAAACUUCGGUUGGGGUUUCGAAAUCCUUAUGUGUAUCUCCACUCAGAUGAUGGGUUUCGGCAUGGCUGGAUUCUUCACCCGCUUCCUGGUACAGCCCUCCGCCAUGAUCUGGCCCUCCACGCUGAUCAAUACCUCACUCUUUACUGCGCUGCACGAUCGCACCAAGCCUGAUCCCGAAAGUGUUGCUGGCUGGAAGAUCGGCAAAUAUCAGAUGUUCCUGUGCGCCAUGAUCGGCUCUUUCUGUUGGUACUGGUUCCCCGGAUACAUUGCGCCAUUUCUGAGUGUCUUUGCCUGGGUCACCUGGAUCAAGCCGCAGAACGCUGUCAUCAAUCAGCUCUUUGGUGGAGUGACCGGCCUUUCACUUAUCCCAAUGACAUUUGACUGGACUCAGAUCUCUGGAUUCAACUUCAGCCCCCUCAUCGCACCUUGGUAUGCGAUCUCUAAUACGAUGAUCGGCAUGUUCCUCUGGUUCUGGAUCAUCACCCCUGCCAUUCAGUACUCUAAUCUGUUCUACGCCCAGCACCUACCCAUAAGCGACUCUAAUAGUUACGACAACACUGGAAAACUAUACAAGGUCGCCAACAUUCUCACCCCAGAGUUUACCUUUGACAACGCGAAAUACUCGAACUAUUCCCCACUUUUCCUGUCGACGACCUUCAUGAUAUCCUAUGGCCUAUCAUUUGCCAGCAUCGUUGCUGUGCUCGUUCACACCGGUCUUUUUCAUGGUACGGAUAUUUGGAGUCGAUUCCGUCACGUCGGAAAGGAGGAGGAAGAUAUCCAUGGCCGUCUUAUGAGUCGCUAUGCUACGGUUCCCAUCUGGUGGUACUUGGGUGUGUUUCUGGCCAUGACCGCAAUCGGUUUUGGUGUUAUCUUAGGCUACCCUACGAACAUGAGCUGGUGGUCCUUCAUAAUCGCCCUUCUCAUUUCCGCUGUUUGGUUUGUUCCUAUCGGCAUUGUCAAGGCUGCCACCAACAUCGACAUCGGCCUUAACGUGAUCACCGAGUUCAUCAUCGGUUAUAUGCAGCCUGGUAAACCCAUGGCCAUGAUGCUAUUCAAGACCUACGGUUAUAUUACCAUGUACCAGGGAAUGUACUUCACACAGGAUUUGAAAAUUGGCCACUAUAUGAAAAUUCCUCCCCGUGUUACUUUCAUGGCCCAGAUGGUCGCUUGCCUGUGGUCAUCCCUAGUCCAAAUCGCCACCAUGAACUGGGCUCUUGGUGCAAUCAAGGACGUAUGCAAGCAGUCCCAGCCUAACCACUUCGUCUGCCCUAAUGGUCGUGUGUUCUUCAACGCCUCCGUUAUCUGGGGCGUCAUCGGACCCGCGCGGAUAUUCUCUGUGGGGCAGCUAUACGCGCCCCUUAUGUUCUUCUUCCUCGCCGGCGGCAUCCUCCCCGUCCUGAUCUACCUCGGUGUCCGUUUCUUCCCCAGGAGUCCCAUCAAGUAUCUCAGUGCCCCUAUCAUCUUCGGUGGCGCCGGUUUGAUUCCUCCCGCUACCCCUCUGAACUAUCUCAGCUGGGGUAUUGUCGGGUUCGUCUUCAACAAGUUCAUUCGUGACCGCUGGCGUGGGUGGUGGAUGCAAUACAACUACGUCCUGUCCGCUGGUCUGGAUGUCGGUCUCGCUCUGUGCACCAUUCUCAUCUUCUUCACCCUCAACUUGACCAAAACCGACUUCCCCGAAUGGUGGGGCACCAGGAUCACCACCAGCACCCUGGACAUGACUGAUUCCGCUAUUCGGGAUCCUGUCCCUACGGGCAAGACCUUUGGUCCCACCACAUGGUAA